AUGAGCCAUCAUCAUCAUAAUCAUCAUCAUCACCCUGAUGAACGCCAUGACUGCUGCCAUGGUGACCACCAUGAUCACCACCAUCACCAUGAUGACCGUCACCACCAUCACGAUGACCACCACCACCAUGAUCACCACCGCCACCAUUCUGAAAACCAUGAACACUAUCGGAACCAGCCUCCUCCGCCUGCGUCGUACCCGCCGGCGCAGCCGUACCCCUACGCCGAUCCCUACGCCCAACGCUACGGUGGGGAAAUAAUAUCCCACAACCACAACUCAACCUUCAGAAUCUACACCAAGGCCGAAGAGUGCUACUCCCUCUCCAUCCGCGAAGACAGCGUCGUCCUUGUUCCGACGAACCACCACGAUGAUUUCCAGCACUGGUACAAAGAUUUUCGAUGGGGCAACGAGGUGAAGGAUGAAGAAGGUCUCCCUGGUUUUGCGCUGAUCAAUAAAGCUACUGGUUUGGCCAUCAAGCACUCUCUUGGUGCAAAACACCCCGUUCGUCUGAUACCGUUCAAUCCUGAAUACAUUGAUGAGUCAAUUCUGUGGACGGAAAGCCAUGAUACAGGGGAGGGGUUUCGCCACAUCAGGAUGGUGAACAAUAUAAGACUUGGUUUUGAUGCCUUCCAUGGCGAUAAGGAUCAUGGUGGUGUUCACGAUGGCACCAUUGUUGUGCUGUGGGAGUGGCUCAAGGGGAAGAAUCAGAGGUGGAAGAUUGUUCCUUUCUACUGUGAGUAUUCUUCGGCCACCUUCUCCGCAGUGCACUCCGGCGGGCAGCAGACGGUGAGGGUGUUCACGAAGGCGGAGGAAAAUUACUCGCUCUCGAUUCGUGAUGGAAAGGUUAUACUCACGAGGCACGACCCCCGCGAUGAGUAUCAGGCAAGGGUUUCAAGAUCCUCUUUGGCCCUUCCUAUUAGGUUUUGUGGAUCGUAGAAGCCUUGUUUGCUUUAUAUGAUUGGCCUAUUUUGUCCUACUGUAGUUUCUGACGCGAUCUGGUCGUCUUCCUUGUGGAUUUGCUAUUUUUUCCUCCCUUUGGACGAUUAUCUCUCAUCGUCUUUCUUUUGUCCUAGAGUUUUUUUUUUUUUUUCUUUUCCGAUCAAAUCGUGAUUUUUUU